UGGGCCUACUCAUACUACCUUUUUAAAUAAGCAAAUAGUCAUUUCCUCCUGGUAGGAUACGUGUAAAUCAGCUGCUUGCCCUAUGGGCUGUCUAGUCUGCAUGUUUAUGUCCACGUGAGGGAGACUUGGGACCAGCAGUAGCCUAGUCGUAGACGGACCACUAGGCGUAGACCGUUUUAACCUCUACAAAUGAGCCUAUUAACGUUUUAUAAAACACUAGUAGAUUUGGAUUUUAAAAAUAAUAAUAAUACUGUGUAUUGCUAUAACUACUUUUUAUACAAUAGCCACUGUGAACAAGUAGGCCUGAAGUAUGGCAACCAGUUGUGCAGCAGUUACGCACAUGUUAUUGUCGAACGGAAAGGGGCUGGCAACUUGGGGAUAAAGCCACGGUAGGGAUUUGACAGGGGAGGUCUUGAUGCUCAUGUAGUCUGCGUUCAAAUCCAGGAUGACAGAGAACCAUAUUUACAAUUAGUGUGUGUUUUUGAAGAAAUUUCUCCGUGAAACUAUUUCUGAUUAUUCAUCACUUGCCACCGGUUUUGCGGAAAGCGCAACAAUUUGGGAUCUACCCGUUUUGUCGUUCCACUUGUCAAGAGAUCUGCCGCUUACCAACAAAAUGGCCUGCUGAAAGUGAAAAGAAGAUAAAAAGCUGCCCUUAACGUUCUUGCGUUAACGGUGCCACCGUAGGCUGGAUUGGCUGGCGAUUUGUACACGGCGCUUUGCCACAGAGACAGAAGUGCGCGCAACACCUCCAGCAGAGCCACGCGCCUGGGCAGUAUGCUGGUGUUCACGUUCACCUGUCUCGUGCUGCUCAUCAUCUUGUUCUCGGAGUCUAUUCAAACUGAGAGGUCACCGCCGUUUCUGAUCCCAGAAAACAUGUGGCCCCGGGGCUGUGCGCUGGACUGCCACAGGGAGCGCCACCGGACAGUAUGUGGCAGCAACGGACGCCUUUACAUGUCCCUGUGUGCCUUCCAGAGAGCCCAGUGCAUCAACACUCAGCUACGGAUGGCACCACGAGCACGCUGUGCAGAUUCCACCCAGUCCAAGUGCCAGCUGGCUCGUAGUCAGGCCCUGGAGUCCAGCGUCCGCAGCCACACCGUCCCAGAAUGCGGUGCAGAUGGAAGUUUCCUGCAGAUGCAGUGCCACAACCAGACUGGUUACUGCUGGUGCUCUACUCCAGAUGGGAAACCUGUCAGUGGGACAUCUGUCCUGCACCUCAGACCCAACUGCACAGGUGAGGGUGGUCCCUCCCGGCCCACCGCCGACCCUAGCAGGACCAAGUCUGCAGCAGGAAUCACCGCUCCUCCGCUCUGGGUGACCAUCCGGUUGAAUUCUGACCCCAAAGGGAAUCGUUCUGUAAAACGCCCUACAGACAGUCCUCAGACGUGUGAGAGGGAGAGAGCAGCUUUGAUGGACAAGGUGCAUGUUCUGUGGCAGGAGGAGCGCUUCAUCCCAAAAUGCAGUGCAGACGGGCGCUACAGCCCCAUCCAGUGUCACGUCUCCACGGGGUACUGCUGGUGUGUCCGGGUGGACACGGGACGGCCUCUACCAGGCACCUCUGCCAGGAACCGGCUGCCAGACUGCAGCCUGGAGGAGCCCCACAGCAGACAGCCUGACAGGAGCUACGGAGACAGAUCUCUACCAGGGUGCCCUGGGGCCCGGAAGAAAGAGUUCCUGCAGAGUCUGUUGAGAGCUCUGCAGCUGGAGGUUGAACAGUCUGGAAUACUCAGCCCUCACAGGGUGUCGGACGCUCCCCUGUCAGGCCCCAUGUCCCCUCCCCCAUCCACCCCGGUCCCGUCCCUGAGGGUUGAGGUGUGGGACAUGUCAGACCCAGGCGGGGAGGAGGAGGUGCUGCGUUGGCACUUCAGGCAGCUGGAUACGGAUGACAGUGGAGUGCUGAGCGAACGUGAGGCCCGGCCGCUCCGCCUCUACCUGCGCAGGAGGUUAAAGCCACGCCGCUGUGCUAAGAAGUUUGCCCAGUACUGUGACCGCGAUGGGGACCGCGGCCUCACCCUGUCUGAGCUCAAUGCCUGUCUGGGUCUGUGAGUAUCCGUCAGUAGAACCGAGGAGAGAAGGCAGAGAGCAUUGAGCUACAGAAGAUCGAAGAUCCAAGUCCUGGGCCUGUAUUUGUCAAGCAUCUUAGAGUAGGAGUGCUGAUCUUGGAUCAGGUACAUGUCAUCUUAUUCAUUAUGAUCAAAAAGCAAAACUGAUUCUAGAACAGCAAUCCUACUCUGAAACGAUUUGGUAAAUACAGGCCCAGAAGACCUGAAUUCUACUCCACUCCUGUCAAGUUGUCAUUGGAAGAUCCAGUUCUACAGCACUUUGUAAAGCACAAAAAAAAGGCCUCAAUUAAAGCGUCGUUGCAGAAUAUACAGCUCACAGAAUAGAGUAUAGAGUCGCCGCUUUAUUUGAAUGUGUCCUAUGUCUUUUGUGUUGCCUUGUCGGCUCUGAUCAUUUCCUCAUGUUCAUAUUUAUCAGUAAUGGUCUUCUGCUGUAAAACCACAAUGUCAUUUGUGUAUUUGUCAUUUUAAUCCGUAAACCGUGCUCAAAUAUUUGUCGACUAUAAAUAAAAUGGGUUUUAAAAAUA